CCCCGCCGCCCUCCAGCCGAGCCAGACCCGCGCCAGCCCUGCGCCGCUCGCCCAUGGCGACCCCCGGCCCCACGCGUGCCCCGGCACAGAGCCGCCGCUGAGCGCCGCGCACCGGCACCGGCACCGGCGUCCAGAGUGUCAAUGUUCUGACUUGCUCUAAGAUGAAGGUAUGGAAGUUUGCAGCCAUUGCAUCGAUGCUCCUCAGUUCCAUGUUAUCCAUUUUAGUUUGUAGAGACAUGUUCAGCGGAAGCCGGGAACUCAGCCCCUUGCCUUCCUCGCCGUCUUCCUCACGGGAUUCCUCCUCCUCCUCCUCUUCCUCCUCCUCCUCCUCCUCCUCCUCCUCCUCCUCCUCGCUGCCGGCGGCUCUGCGGAGAUCCCCACGGGCCCUGCAACGCCACGGCUCUCUGCUGGCCCAGUACGGCGCCUUGCUGGAGAGCUACACGGAGGGCGAGAUGCGCCAGCUGAUCUCGGCGCUGGUGGAGCGCUACCGCCAGGCCGUCAACUCGGGCGGGCACGAGCUGCCGCUGUUCCCCCGCGCCGGCGGCCGCCGCAAACGCGCCCGCGCCCGCCACAAACCCUGCGAGCUGCGCGAGCUGGAGGUCAGCGUCAGCGAGCUGGGCCUGGGCUACGAGUCGGACGAGACCGUCCUGUUCCGCUACUGCAGCGGCACCUGCGAGGCCGCCGUGCGCAGCUACGACCUCUCCCUCAAGAGCAUGAGGAGCCGCAGAAAGAUCCGGAAGGAGAAGAUUCGCGCCCGGCCUUGCUGCAGGCCGCUGGCCUACGACGACGACGUGUCCUUCCUGGACGCCUACAACCGUUACUACACCGUCAACGAGCUGUCGGCCAAGGAGUGCGGCUGCGUGUGACGGGGACACCCGGGUGCAGUGGCCGGGACGGAGGCUGGAGCGGCCGGAGGAGGAGAGACUGAGCCGCUGGUGCAUCCCUCGGUGUCGCCGUCACCGGACUAGAGAUGCAGCCGCCGCCGUGGCGGGGUGGUUGGAGCGGUGACGGCGGCUCGAGGCUGUUGUCCCCUCUGCAGGUGGCCCAGAGGUCCCUGCUGAGGUGACAGUGGGUGUGGAAUGUGCCCGGGGCGCGUGCAGCCCUCAGCGUGCACGGGCUGCACUGCGUGACACGCGUGUCACAUGUGUCACACGUGUCACGGGCUGUGUUACCUGCGCAGGGGGUGGCGCAGCGCAGGUGUCUCUGGCAUGGGGGACACACACACCUGCCAGGGAUUCUGUGUCAGGGUGUGGCACAGGGGUGUGGCACAGGGGUGUGGCAUGUGCAGGGGGUGUGGUGAGCAGUGCCGGUGCUGCGCAGUACUGGACAGGGUGUGCUGCACACCUGGGGUCUGUUUUGGGAUGUGCUGCACACCUGGGGUGUGUUUUGGGGUGUGCUGCACACCUGGGGUGUGUUUUGGGGUGUGCUGCACACUCCAGGUGUGUUUUGGGAUGUGCUGCACACCUGGGGUGUGUUUUGGGAUGUGCUGCACACCUGGGGUGUGUUUUGGGGUGUGUUACAGGUUCGGGCUGCUUCAGGUGCCCUGUGCUGCCCCAGGGUGGGAGCUGAGUCUUUCUCUCUGUAGCUUUGGGGUUUUGUGAGCGCCCUGAGCUGCUGGGGGAGACCCAAGCACCCCAGAUCCCGGUGUCUGGGGACACAGAAUCGCUGGCAGUGGUUUGUGCGUGGCUCUGACUCCCUCUGGCUUGUGCCCCUUUUGCCAUAGUCUCAUUCCUGCAGCCCUGGGGCUUUUCUUCUUAAAACUCGGGAUAAUCUGAAGUAACUGGAUUAACCUCCUGUGCCCCUGCCACAGGCAGCUGGGCCAGAGCCCGGCCACCGCCAGGGAGGUGACAGAACCUCCCCAGGGCCACCAGCAGAGCUGUGGCACUCGGCAGCGUGGGCAGGAGCAUCCCUAGUUUGGCGUCUGCCAAAAUCCCCCCAGGAGCAUCCCCCGUGCUCUGCUCAGGGCUGGGAUCCUGCAGGAGAGGGGACUCGGGCCUGGCGUUGGCUCCGCUCGCAUUUACAGCAGUGUCACUGCUGUUUACUCUGCGGGGAAAUAAAUGAGCCCGCAGACUUUCACAUUCCCUGGGCAGGCUCGAGUCGUUGCCUGGGAUUGAUGGGUUUUCUCCCCUUGGCUCCCUUCCCAGAAAAAGCAAAUCAUAAACAGAAGGAGAAUAUUGGUGUCAUGUCCUGGGCAUUAACCACCGGGAGGGAAAACGCUCCAUGUGCCACCCCCCCUCCAGUCCUGGCUCCUCUCUCCGGACAAACAGGGGGGAAAAGUCCCUUGUGCCUUCAUCCCGAGGAGGAGGAGGGCUGCUGGUGGUGAUCCCAGCUCAGGGAUGGUGCUGCAGGAUUUGGGGAAGCAGGAUGGCAUCCCUUAGGAUGAGGUGGGGAGGAGCAUCUUCAGGGUUGGACCAGCCACAUUCCCGACCUCCACACAGGCCCAAGGCUGGUGGGCAUUUUUUUUUCCUUCGUUUUUAUCCAAACGCAGCUCUUGGCUGAGCAGAGCCAGGGUGUAGUGGAGAAAUAUAAACACAAUCCUUCAGCAGGGCUGGCAGCCCGGGAAGGCAGCCUGGAGUCUGUAACACGGAGUUUUCCCUGGAUUUUGGGAAAGGCAGGAGGCAGCCACGGGUGUGGGUUGUGAAACCUUCAGCCAGGAAAUGGGAACUGAGAGUGGAUAAACUCCAUGCUCCAGGUGCAGCUCCCAAACCAAGGUGCGAGUUUGCAGCCCUGGUUUUGGCUGGAAAUGGGAAAUCCCAAACCAAGGUGUGAGUUUGCAGGCCUGGUUUUGGCUGGAAAUGGGAAAAGUGGCCCAAAAUAA